AGAGGGCACCACGGAGCAGAGAACGUGCUUGAUGAUAACACCAUUUGAUAUAGAUGAGCUACCUCAUUAUUUCACAAUCGCUGGUUACCCGAGACCUUCCUGGAAAUGUGCAAUGUGAAAAGGUUCUUGGAUUCCAGAUGAAGACUUGAAGGAUGACUCUGUCUCGAAUCACAGGCCUGCUGUACUACACCACAGGAAAGUUCCUGCUGAAUCUCUCUGCUGCUCGACAAUUUCACCCAGCUUACUUGAGGCUAUACAGCGUACAGUCCCAAAAGGCUAGAAAAAGCCCAGUAAAGGAGAAUGACUCUCUGCUGGAGAACCUGGUCAACCUUGGGGUAGACAUUAAAAUGGUGAGGAGAAGACAACCGGGGGUCCUGAGGAAGUUGAUCACCAACGAGCAUGGUCUGGCGCGCUUCCUGCAGGGCAAAGGGGCGGCCAAGGAGACAGUGGCCAGCAUUAUUUCCCGGUACCCACGUGCCAUCACCCGCUCCCAUGACCACCUGGAAGAGCGUUGGAGGCUGUGGAGGAACAUCUUCAAGGCCGACAGCGAGAUUGUGAAGAUUGUAGAGCGCUCACCAGAGUCCUUCUUCCGUUCUAGCGACAAUGACAAUCUGGAGAAGAACAUAGCCUUCCUGAGCUCCCUGGGCUUGACCGCUAAGGAUCUCCAUAGGCUGCUGACCACCGCUCCCAGGACCUUUGCCAACAGCGUGGAGCUCAACCAGCAGAUGGUGGAGCUCCUGCAGGACAUCUGCUUCAGCCUGGGCGGCAAGCAGCCAGACCACUUUGUGAAGCAGAUUAUCUCAAGAAAUGUUUACAUUCUCAUUCGCAGCACCAAACGGGUGAGAACUAACAUUGAAUUUCUCCAGAAGGCUUUCAACUUGACCGAUGAGGAGCUUCUCAAUCUGCUGCAGGGCCACGGGGCUGAGAUUUUAGACCUAUCCAAUGAGUAUGUCAAGAGAAACUUCAAGAGUGCAGAGCAGAAACUGCAGUCGCUCGGAUGCACCCAGAAGGAUGUCAAAAACUUCAUCCUCUUCUAUCCUCCAUCUCUCUAUGCCUCGCCUGAGACUUUAAAAAAUAAAAUAGAUUGUUUGCUGGGUGCUAAUGUUGAUAUCAGACAGAUACUGGAUAAACCAAGGGUGUUGGACUUUAGCAUUGACACUGUAAGGAGCCGGAUAAAGGAACUAGAGAAGGCAGGUUAUGAUUUUAAAAAGAAUGGGAUCGCUAUUUUAGACUCCAGUAGAAAACGAUUUGAAGCCAAGUUAGAAAGGCUGUCUGUAGUGCCUGAAGAGUAAGUUACCUUUUGAACAUUGUUUUUUUUUUUUUUUUUAGCAAACGCCUUUAUCCAGGGCGACUUACAGAGACUAGGGUGUGUGAACUAUGCAUCAGCUCCAGAGUCACUUACAACUACAUAUCACAAGGAGCACAAGGAGGUCAAGUGACUUGCUCAGGGUCACACAAUGACUCAGUGGCUGAGGUGGGAUUUGAACCGGGGACCUCCUGGUUACAAGCCCUUUUCUUUAACCACUGGACCACACAGUUGUAAAAUAAACUGCAAAAACAAAUUGCUUGUUCAAUCAUUUAAACUAAUUCUGAUCUUUAUACUUCCUACCUGUCAUGAAAUGGCAUUAUUUGGUUUGAACCAGUAUGUUUUAAGUAAAACAGGUAGUCAAGAAUCUCACAUAAAUAGAGGGUACCCCAUGGACAUUAAUUGAUAACUGUAUUUUAAAAUGGGAAAGACUAAAUAUUAGGGCAGGGGUAUCCAGUCCUGGUCCUGGAGGGCCAGUGUCCCUCCUGGUUUUUGUUCCAACUGUGUCCUUAAUUAAUUGGACCAAUUAUUACCAAUUGUUCUAAUUAAGUAAUUUAGGGCACAGUUGGAACAAAAACCAAGAGGGACACCGGCCCUCCAGGACUAAGAUUGGGCACCCCUGUAUUAGGGAGAUGUAACAACGGGCAACUGUCAUGCAACUUUUUGAAGUAAAAUAAGUAGAAAAAGCCAUAGACUUUUAUCCUAUCCUCUUGAUAAUACUAAGACAAUCUUUUCAUUUUCAAAUUAACACUUUUUACAGACAACAGUGGAUGUAAUUGGUAAACGUGCCACUGUGAAGAAGAAGAAGGACCCAUUCUAGAUAUGUUCAAAUAUUCAUUUAUGUCCAUGUUGGCAUAUUCUAUCCAAAACAGCAAUAAAAAUAUAAUAUCCUUAUAUACUGAGCAUUAAAAGAAACUCACGUCUGUCAAGAGAGCAGCGCCUUCGUGCAAUCGGCAUGUUGGAGGCUGGACUAGGGCAGCGUACUGUGGCUCGCCGUCUUGGGUGCUCACAGCCAGCAAUUUCAAACCUGGCGAGGAGGUAUUACCAGACACGCUCUCUCAAUGACAGGCCACGAACUGGGAGACCAAGAGUCACAACACCUGCCCAAGAUCGACAGAUUAUUUUGCAGCAUCUUCGUGAUGUCCAUUGUUAAUCACCACAAUAAAAAGUCACUGCACCUGCUCUAAAACAGGUUGUCAUUUUUCGAUCACAUCUAGUGAAUUUUAUCCAAAUAUAAGUGAUAAGUUUCUUUUGAUGCCCAAAUAUGAUAAGUUUCUUUUGAUGCUCAGUAUAUAUAAACAGGUAACUCUGGAACAGAUUUCCAAUGACAUCUUCUUUUGUUAAUGUGCAAUAGAUAAUAACGGUCUGAUUGCUUGACAUUUAGUAAACAGAAGAAACUUUUCAUCUGCAGCAUUGUCUUUGAAUUCUACUCCAAAUAUGAAUAUGAAAUUAUAUUUAUUUAAAAUAUAAGCAAAGAAACAAAAGCUUUGCAACAGAAGAAAUCUGGUGAAUGCAGGUGUAAGUUAAGAGAAUAGACUUUCAAAAACAGCACUCCGACAUCUGUAAGUGGCUAAGUGACGUUUUAUCCAGGAGGUGGCAGUGUGGUUCUGAAAUACGUGGGCUUCCACACUUCCCUUGUAUGUGGUCUUUUAUCCAGGAGGUGGCACUGUGGUUCUGAAAUACGUGGGUUUCCACACUUCCCUUGUAUGUGGUGCUUGUCUGUAGCUGAUAGUUCACCUCUGUUAUUCAGGCCAUCUUUAUAUUUUUGGUCCCAUAAUAUGUAGGUAAAACAGUAGCAGCAGAAUCAGUUGUCACACUUUACCAGUUUAGUAAAUGCAACUGUGAUGCAGUUUUAAAUGUUUGAUGUAUAAGGACAUACAGGUGAAUACUUCUUGUUUACUUUUUUGUAAACUCCGGAAAAUACCCAGAUAAUGCAUAAACCCAGUGACCUACGAUAAAAAUCACUUUAUUUGAAGUUUAACCCAUUAGUAGUGCUUGUGUAAUUUGUAUUAUUGUUGUAAUUGUCACACAGAAAGGUGUCAAAUGUAUUUUCCUCCGAUCUCUCACAAGCUGGGAGAUUCAAGCAUCCUCUGAGGGACAGAAGGUGAGCACCAAACUGUUGUUCUUAUCAGAGACUAACAAAAAAACUAGGUAGUCUUAAUGCACUUCUUAUAUAUCCAAGCAUACUUCCUGCCAAUAAGUAUUAUAUGUAUCCGUACAGGGAUGCAGACACUGAAUGGUAAUCAAAAGUAGCCCUUCUAAUAUGGUGGCUUAUGUAAGGCCAGACUUUAUUUAAUCUGUUUACUGAAUUGUGACAUUGUUGUUUUCAGGGCUUGUUAUCGUUUCAUACUCUACAGGCCUUGUUUAUCUGGUUUAGCAACAGGUAUCCAUUUUAAUUAGUUAACAAUUAAAUUAUAUAUAUAUAUAAUAUAUUAGUGGCAGGGCAACUAUCCCUGCGCAGGGAAAAUAUGUGCGUGUGGCAGGGAGAGAGUUAAAAUCUCCCUGCCAAACUAAAUUGUUAAUUAUUUUAUUGUUUAAUUAUCACCCACACCUGGUAAUUAUUGUAAAUUAGUGCCAGGUGCAGGGUUUAAAAAGGGUGCAGCGAGUUUAUUCUGGGCUGCUGUGUGGAUAAGCCUGACUGUGCUUGUGUGUGUUUAACAGAGCCGUAGUGAAAAGAAAGGUAGUGAAAAACUGUUUUUUGUUUGUUUGUCAGGUAAACAGCUUAGCCAUCCUGCAAGAAAGUUUAGGUUCCUGACGUGUUUAGUCAGCGCUCCAAAAACUGAGUUAGUUGAGUUUUUGUUUUUGUUUAUUUUGUUUAUUAAAAAUAGCAAGUAAGCAAGCCAUUUUAUAAAUAUUUAAAGUGCUGUGAUUGGCUUAACAAGAUCACAUGACCGUGUGGUAAGAAUUGUCUUACUGCACAGCUAUGACAUCAUAGACUAACAUACUUACCUCAUCUAUUAAUAUUACUAUGCCUUAAAAGUAAAAAUUAUCUAAAGAGUGUUUCUGUAGGUAAAAAUGUCAACAUACAACUGAAACAGCAUUUAAAUCACCCAACAAUGUUUUUUUUUUUCAUCUGUCACCUAUGACUUACAGAAAAAUUGGCAAAUAUACUGGGGUAUUUAGUCAGAGAACAGAACAAAGAAAUCUCUGAGGUAAGCAGUAGCAGUAACACUUUAUUCAAAAGCCAUCUGAGAAAUCACCACGCAAGUCUCACUCAGCAUGUAAUAUAUACAAUUAAACUAAAUAUAUCGCCUUAUAAAACUGACCGGUGAGUAUGCAAUGUUUAAAUUAGACACAACAGAUACAUCUCGCCACUACCCUCCCGAUUUCAGAAACAUAUUUAAAACAAAAUUAAAAUCUCCUGCUCUCUGCUUACACAACCGUUGGCCUUUUAAACAUGGUCGGGUUCAAAAUAGAAUUCUAUUGUGCUCACCACGGACGGGAAGGACUGUGGUACUGCGCAAACUGACACGGAAGUCGUUUAGUCCGCAUAUCAUCUAAUGCUGGUUUACAAUCUAGGGAAAUUAUGCUGGUUACCAGCCAUUGGUGUGAAAACAGCCUCUGAAAUUAUUGGUCAGUUUCUCUUGAAGACCGCAAAACCUAAGUAGGAUCAUUUCCUACACAAAAAAAAAAAAAAAAAAAACUCGGAAGCUCCUCCCUCGAUGGCAAA